GAGUAACAGUAGUUCAAAAAGACCUUCCCCCUAUCCUCCCUCAUUCCCCUGUGCUCAAGGAUUCCUCAGAAGUGUCAAAUUCGUCGAGAAGUAGGUCAAUAAAUUACCACUUUUCAAUACGUGUUUUCAAGUUUUCAUAUGUUACGACUUCAUUUGAAUAUAUUCAUGUGAUUGCUAAUUCCGAUUGACUUCGGAAUGAGUUAUAAGUUUGUGAGUGAUAUGAAGAACUGAGGCAGAUUUGAUUGAAAAUAUUUCGCAGAUUCAUUGAUAACCAAAAAGUGGAAGAUAAGGUUGAAAUAUGGCAGAAAAAUUGGGAAUCAAGUUUGGAAACGAAGUGAGAGAAUUGAAGAUUGGUCAGAGUUUCACCAAUCCUAAAUCCACCGCAUUUCACACUAUAAAAUAUGAUUUCAAACCUGCUUCAGUUGAUAAAAAUAAGAUCGCAACUGUAGAUGUAGGAAAUAAUCAUCAGGUUGCAGUGACUGUUCCUCAUUUGGAUGGAUCAGGUGUCCCCCAAACAGUAUUCAAAGGUUCACAAAGGCCAUAUACAAAAGAAUGUGUCUUGGUAAUAGAUAAAAGAACUGGUGAAAUAACUUUAGAAAGAUUAUCUUGUAAUAUCCAAGUUAAAAAGACAAGGAAUGAAUCUUCAAAAAUACCUCAUCCUACAGACAGAUUAGGGCAGGGUUCAAAUGAGCGCAGUAGUUCCUCAAGUCUUGCCUCCAGAUCUUCAACACCACCAGUGGGUCAACGUGUCUCAAGUAAGACCAAAGUGACUAGUGGUAGUAGGAGGCCUGAUAGACCAAUAACAAAUCUUAUACCCAAACAUUCGCCCUUGCAAUCUAGCCCUAGAUAUCCCUCUCCAAAUCAACAGAACAAAAGUCCGAAAGACGAAUUGCGAAACUUUAAUAAUGACAAUCACACUAGUGCGUCUGCAAGUUUGCCAAUGAUCGGGAUGGAUGAUUUCACAGAACCACGUCUACCAGUCAGCAAUCCCCACCAUCUAAACUCGUCCUCGUCUCAACACCACAACGCCAGCGUGCCCCUAGAAAAACCAUCAUCUUUCCAAAUUACGUCUGACGAAAUUGGGGAAAUAAGUGAUAGUUCGUCUUCUAGCAGCGACGCAGAGAGCGAUUCGGAGGAUGAGGCCAAUUCCACCGUUCUUGAGAGGAAUCUCACCAGCAACGACAGGAAUAACGGUCAUUGCAAUGGAAUCCAGAAUUCCGCUCCUCCGAAAUUCAACUCUGUGCCAACUAGCCAUUUGCUCAAAGAGGACCUAUGCCUGUCCGAGUCUGGGUCUGACUCUGAUUCUGAUUGAAGAACUUAAUUACGUGCUUCUGAUUGCUCUGCAGAAUUGUACUGUUUUUAUUAUGAUACUGAGAUUACUUGUAUAUGGAAAAUGUGUUAUAUAGAAUAUUAUUAUCCCUCAUUUCUCUGUGCCUUAUCUUCUUCAGAUUUGGGCGUUGAUCUGGCCAAUAUUUAUUUAAAGCUGCUAAAUAAUUUUAUUUACCAAUAUUUUGUUAUUGUAACUAUAAUUAGAAAAUUUAUAAUGAA